AUGGACAUGCCAGUGAACGUCCCGGUAGACGAUCCCAAUGCGGAUACUGAAUGGAAUGACAUUCUUAGAAAACACGGCAUCAUACCUGAAAAGCCGCCCUCGCCAACACCAAUUAUAGAAGAAGCCAUCCUCGAAGCGCAGCGUCGCGCGCACGAAAACCGGCUCGAGGACAAGGAUCUAGAUGAGCUUGAUGCUCUAGAGGACGAAGAAGACGAGGCAUUCUUAGAGCAAUACCGCAAAAAACGAAUCGCCGAAAUAUCCACCCUCCAAAAAGCCAGCAUCUACAACCAAGUCUACCCCCUCCAAAAAACCGACUACGCCCGAGAAGUAACUGAAGCUUCCUCCAACGCCUACGUACUCGUAAACCUCACCUCGUCAAUGGGCGGAAACACCGAAUCGCGCGUGUUAAGUGAGAUAUGGCGACAACUAGCCGGCAAAUAUGGCGAAAUCAAAUUUUGCGAAAUCCGUGCCGAUAUGUGUAUAGAAGGGUACCCGGAGCGGAAUACGCCGACGAUAUUGGCUUAUAAGGAUGGGGAGAUUCGGAAGCAGUUUGUGACGUUGAGGGAGUUGAAAGGGGUGAGGACGAAGAUAGAGGAUGUUGAGAAGGUGCUUGUUGAAUUGGGUGCUGUGAAGGAGGGGGAUUUGCGGCUGAGGAAGCGCAGUGAGUCUGAUGAGGAGGAGGAUAAUAGUCAAGAGGCCGAUGAUGGGGAUGACGAUGACUGGGAUUGA